AGACGAAGAAGGGCACAAGAAGAAAGGGGUUUUAGAGCUUUUGUGAGAGUUAUCAUGGCUCGUCGGCACAAACCAAACACGCCGCCGGCAAAACAACGAUUUUCCGGCGCCGAGAGUCACAAAACAAAGACCCCGCCUCCUGCUACUAAGAAACAGUUCACCGCCGCCGAGAGAUCAGCUCUUUACGCUAGAAGAGAAGCAGCUAAUGUACUCCGCUCCGUUCUCCGUGGUGACGCCGAGCGCAGAGCCGUUGCUUCCAUCAAAUCACUCGUCUUCAGCCCUUCCGUUCGCAACAAACGCGCCACUUUCGCUCUUGUUUGCGAAACUCUCAAGCAUCUUAGUGUGAUUAAAGAUGUUCUUGAGAUUGCUAAUGUAUUAAAUAGCAAAUGGAAGAGGCAAGAGCCAUUGGUCUACAUUAUUUGCUAUGAUAUCCUUUUUGGCAAGUCAUCUUAUGAGCAUUUGUACGUUGUUUCUGCAUAA